GGAACCUGUUAUCACUUGGCCGCCGAUUUGCUUUCUCAACGAAUUUGAUACACCGCGCAGACUUUCGUUUGGAACGCUGUAAAUAUCCUUUAUACACGGCUGUUAAUUAAGUAAAAUGUUUCAGGACGGCAUAUGCGAUACUGCCGACAUAUUAAAUAACGUUCCUCCUAAGAAGACGAUUCACGCUGACAAUGUAGACCUCUCGGACAAGUCGUUACAGGUGGAUAUAUCGGACGCCCUUAGUGAGAAAGACAAAGUGAAGUUCACUGUGCACACAACGACGACGUUACCCGAAUUCCAGAAACCAGACAACUUAGUCGUCAGGCAGCACGAGGAGUUCGUCUGGCUGCACGAUCGAUUCGAAGAGAACGAAGAAUAUGCUGGCUACAUCAUUCCUCCUUGUCCGCCGCGGCCGGACUUCGAUGCCUCCCGGGAGAAGUUACAGAAACUCGGCGAGGGCGAGGGUAACAUGACACGUGAAGAGUUCAAUAAGAUGAAACAGGAACUGGAGGCUGAAUAUUUAGCGACGUUUAAGAAAACUGUUGCCAUGCACGAAAUGUUUUUAACUAGAUUAGCGAAUCAUCCGGUUUUUCGUAACGAUCAUAAUUUAAGAGUGUUUCUGGAAUACGAUCAGGACCUCCGCGUGAGAGGUAAGACUCCUCAUCUUAUCAGAAUUACAAGGAAAAAUAAAAUGGAGAUGUUCGGUGGUUUGGUAAAAUCGUUUUCCACAACCACAGACGAAUAUUACCUGUCGGCGACUGUGAAGGACGUGAACGACUUCUUCGAUCAGGAGAUGUCAUUUUUACAAAGUUAUCAUCAUAACUUGAAAGAGGCGACGGCCCGUGCCGAUCGACAAACGGCUAAACACAAGGACGUGGCGGACUCGUAUAUCAAAAUCUCUACGAAUCUCUUGCAACUGGCUACGACUGAUAACGGGAAACUGGAACGUUUUUUAACAAAGAUCGCCGAGAUGUUCGAGAAGUUAAGGAAAGUCGAGGGGAGAGUAGCGUCUGACGAGGAUUUAAAAUUAUCGGACACCCUUCGUUAUUACAUGAGGGAUACAGCCGCGGCUAAGCGGCUCCUGUUCAGAAGAUUGAAAGCGCUGCAUGCGUACGAAUCUGCGAAUCGUGCUCUGGAGAAAGCUCGUGCCAAAAAUAAAGAUGUUCACGCUGUAAGUAUAACAUUGAUCCCGGUUAAUCUAUGA